AAAGCAUCAUCAUAGCUUUGUGGGAAACAGCCUAAUUUGUCUUUUACGGUGAGUUGUUUUAAAAUUCAUAUGUCGCCAAUGAUGUGGGGAACAUCGCAGCUCCAUAUCACAUGUUAGUUCCUUGAAAUAGGAGGCAUUAAAAUCAUCCAUUCCAGGCUCCUUUCAUAUAAAAACAUUCUCUAAUGCGAAGAUUUUGCUUUAUGUUUAGGAUUAAAUGGGCACUUCCACCAAACCCAGUAAGGCUUACCGAAUUGUGAUUACUGGGUUUGGUGCUUUCGGCAUUCAUGAAGAAAAUUCUAGUUCAGUUGCGGUUCAAACUCUACGUGAGUUAUGGUUCAACACCGACGAAUUGCAUUCUUGUUCUGUUGAGUUAAUAACAUUUGAGAACGUUCCCGUAACCUAUCGGGAUUGUUUGGAUAUCUCUAACCGUAUAUGGGAUAGCAAUCCGGAUCUUGUGAUUCACGUGGGACUUGAUUCUUCAGCCCGUGCCGUAACCCUGGAGAGUCAAGCGUUCAAUGGUCCAUAUAACAUGCCGGAUGUGGACGGGGAUACUUGCAAAUUUGAUGGCUUGUGUUAUCCCAGCGGAUUGCAGCGUCUCUGCUGCAAAUUAGACUUAUUUCAUUCCUACAACGCACUCACAGAGAAAGGUGUUCCGAUGUGCCUGUCAAACAAUCCCGGGUUGUUUUUAUGCGGUUACAUCUAUUACCUAUCUUUGAGUCACAACACCAGUCGAACAGUCUUCAUUCACGUACCACCCAUUUCAGAAUUAUUCACUCCACUGGGUCUUGCGCAGGCGCUUUUCUCGAUCAUUCAGGACCUUGCCGCUCAACUUCUCAUCCCAAUUCCUGCAGUGUCCCUGUACCAACCAUCAGAUUCUGGUGCUGAACAGUCCAUUCCUUCGUGAUCCCCGCGAUCAUUUACGCAACAUUUAUGCACAUGACGAGUACAUUAUUUAGACUGAUGCUUUUUGACCAAAUUCUAAUAGAUUUAUUUUCAUUCCA